GAUCUGAAAAUGGGAGGAGAACCCUAGCAGAACCCCGAUAUUUUUUUCCCUCCCGUAGUGACAAAGAGCGGGUGGAGGGAGAUCAUGGCAAGCCGGCGAUGCGUCGCUUCCGUCAUUCGCCAUUUUCGAUCUCGCAUCCUUUCGAACACCGCUCUGGAGAACCCCCAAACCCUAAUCUUUCGAGCUCUAGAACCCCCGACCCUCCGAGGUCCUAUAUUGAACCUCUUCGAUUCUCCCCGCGGAUUCCGAUGCAGGGAUUCCCUUCGAUUCAGUACCACCCGCCACUUCUCUUCUCGGACGACGAAUCCUUCCGACGAGGAGAAGGAAGAGGAUGAAGAAGAAGGGGAAGAAGAGGAGGAAGAAGAGGGCGAGUGCUCUGAUGGAGAGGACGGCGAAGCUCCGGCUUCGAGAUGUGUGGUUCAGAGAGGGAAAUCGGAGGAAGAGAAGGUAGAGGAAGCGGGUGAAAUCGGAUACAAGGUGAUUGGGCCGCUGGAUCCGUCGGAAAACCCAUUCAAACCUUAUGAGCCGGUUUUUGCCGUUGUUCAGAUUGGUUCUCAUCAGUUCAAGGUCAGCAAUGGGGAUUCCAUUUUUACUGAAAGAUUGAAAUUUUGCGAGGUUAAUGACAAGUUAAUUUUGAACAGGGUUCUGAUGCUGGGAUCAAAAACUCAGACAAUCAUCGGUAGGCCAGUGGUACCUGUUGCAGCUGUGCAUGCUGUUGUCGAAGAGCAUGCUUUAGAUGCAAAAGUAAUCAUAUUCAAGAAAAAGAGAAGAAAAAACUACCGUCGAACCAAAGGCCAUCGCCAGGAGUUAACUAAGUUAAGAAUUACUGACAUCCAAGGAAUAGAUAAGUCAGAAAAUGUUGCGACCACUGCUUAGCAUGGAUAUUGAUGAUCAGCAAAUGGACAGGACUGCAUCAUUUAGAACUCUUCCCUGACAUGCUCACCUGGCAAUUUAGACGGCACACCCUCCGGCAUUGCAAGUUUUGCAUCGGAGCUUUAUGGAAAACGGAUAAAGAAUUACUUGCAGUCAUUCAUGUAACUGCAUUAAAUCUCAUGGCAUAUCCUUGAAAGAAGAAUGAGGAUGUUUGGUCAAGUGGAACCAGAAAAAUUUGGAUUCCUGAGAUGCCAAUUUUGUGAAACUGAAUGUUCUCAAUAUUCAAUGUGAGUUUUCUCAAGGUGUCGUUUCAUAGUGGCAAUUUAUUUGGCAUGGCCAGGGCAUGUUUUACAGGUUUGCUAUUCUUUA